GGUCGCAAAGCAUCUUGUAACGUAAUUGUUUUACGACGGCUGGGAAACGUUUGAGGCAUUACGUUAAACGUAUCGGUAAACAGUGCUCUUGCUUUGUUAUUUUCGAAGAAUUAAAAACUAUUUGUUUUCUUUGUGUGCGCGGUUGUGUGCACAUAAGAGAAGAAUGGUAGAGUACGGUUUGUUGAACAUUUCAAGCAAAGAUGUCAAUAGCAAGAAUGUCACGCAGUGCUAACUAGUUAGCAUCAUACAUUGCUAGCAUAGACUCUAUAUGGUGCUUGGUUGUUACAUUGACAGUAAUAGCUUAGUUAUUGUACCUAAAAUGUCAGCGCAUAAAGACUGCGAGUUUUUGGUGAAACGCGCCCGGGAGCUGGUUUCUGAUGAUCCCUGUGCGGCCAAAGCUUGGCUCAUUACGGCCAGAACCCUUUACCCAGCAGACUUCAACAUACAGUAUGAAAUGUACGUCAUUGAGCGCAAUGCAGAAAAGACGUCUUCUGCAGGCAUACUACUCUAUGACAUGUUUAUAAACUUUCCUGAUCAGCCCAUUGUAUGGCGAGAGAUCAGCGUCAUCACUGCUGCCCUGCGCAGUGAUUCUCAAGACAAGCAUGCACAGUUUCUACGAGGACUUUUUGAGACACUGCCAGGCCGUGUGCAGUGUGAGAUGCUCCUGAAGGCCACAGAGCAGUGUUUCAACACUUUAGAGAAGGCAGAAAUGCUGCUGCUGCUUCUGAAGCGCUUUCCAGAGUCUGUUGUCCAACAUGGGGUCAGUUUAGGAGAGACACUGUUGGAGGCAGAGGUAUCAGAAAAUGUGGAAACUCCUGUUAACUGCUUCAGGAAACUUUUCGUGUGUGAUGUUCUUCCUUUGGUUAUAAACAACAUGGAUAUGCGCCUGCCUGCCAGCCUGAUGCAGAAAUACAUGUUGAAAGCAGCUGAAUUUUACAUUGGUUACGUUGCACGUGGACCCUCACCUGAUGUACAGAUCCAAGCUUCUCAAGAUAGUGGGUCUCUGAAAUCUCCCAGUGUGUCUCGUGGCUCCCAGCGAUACGUGAUUGACGGCUUGUCAGAGAAGUCAUCAGUGGUAGCAGAACCCUGGGAGAGGCUGCUUGAUAUCCUCACCGUGGUUGGAGCUCGUUGUGAAUGGCAGGGGGACAAGGGACAGAGGAGUUACAUAGACAUGCUACAGAGAGUGAAGGAGAUGUGUCGCUACCUGCCUGGUCUGGAAGGAGAUACGAGGUCCCGCUGCUGCAGUCAAGUAGUCAUCUGUGCUGCACUCGUCCUGUUCCGAAGUGCCUUUCUCUAUGUAUCAGCUGUGCAGCCUGCACUUUUUCAGGGUGUGAAUGGGUUGAAUUCAGGCUCAUGGAUACUAAUAGAAGAUUUGAGCUCAGUGUACAGUGAUUUGGAUUUGGAGAGAGUUGCAGGGAAACAUUCACAUAAGAAACGUAAACUGAAUGAGGGAAGAGACAAGACUAUGAGCUCAGAUGACGAGGAAGGUUUGGGAAAAGGCCGUGGUCGACACAUUUUAGUGAACAAGACUGAGAUGCCCAGCUGGUCAGAGACUUUGGACAGCUUUCGCAUAGCAAGGGAGAGCUGGGAUCUUCUUCAUUCCCAUGACAGCCUGGAAACUGAAUUCAAGAAGAUCUGUAUCUCAUGGAAGACAGACAGCUGGCUGUGGUUCAGAAUAUUCCUCACUGACAUGAUUAUAUACCAGGGACAAUAUCGCAAGGCCCUCUCCAGCCUGCACCAGAUGGCUGCAGUGCAGCUACCUCAGUCUGGACAGCAGAGCCCCUCAGUUCAGGCCAGUAUGGAGCACCACAGGGCCCUCAUACAGCAGGCAUCCUGCCACUAUGCACUGGGAGAGUACAGGAUGGCCUGUGAGAAGCUGCUUGAUGUUGUCAGUGCAUUGGUACCACCAAACCAAGAACCAAUAAAGAGCCCAGAGGAUCAGAGUAGAAGCAAGACCAGAACAAAAAAAGGUAAUGACCUGAGGCUACUUCCUUGCACCAGCAGAGCUGUGUUACCUUUUUGUCUCCAGCUGAUGCUGGCCUGCUUCAAGCUUCGUGCCUUCACAGACAGUCAUGACGACCUUUCUCUCGGCCAUGUGGUGGUGCUGUUGCAGUAUGACUGGCCGCAGGGUGAGCUGCUGUUUUUAAAAGCAGUGGAUAAAAUUUGUCAGCAAGGCAGCUUCCAGUAUGAGAAUUUCUUCAACUAUGUCACCAACAUUGAUAUGCUCGAGGAGUUUGCAUAUCUACGAACUCCAGAUGGAGGAAGAAUUCAACUAGAGCUCCUUCCCAAUCAGGGAAUGCUGAUCAAGAACCCUAGUCCCGCCCUGGGGGUGGAGUUAAAUACCCUUCUGCUACAAGGGGUGCAGACGAUGGACAGACACCACACGGUGACUCGAGGAAUUACCAAAGGAGUGAAGGAGGAUUUCCGUCUGGCCAUGGAGCGACAGGUGUCACGUUGUGGAGAGAAUCUGCUCAGCGUUCUUCACCGCUUCUGCAUCAAUGAGAAGAUCAUGAUCAUCCAGUCUCUUCCUUGACAUCUGGCCAGUGACCUCUGAACCUUUUCACAGUUUGUUGGCAAGAUGUUACAACCACAGUGUUAUUGCAGCUGGACUGACCUUAUGCUGCCUCUCAACACACCAUUUUAAGAUUUUUUGUUAUCAUUGUUCAACUCGUACCAAACAGUAAUUGUUGUGUUAAAAGCGUGUCUCUCUUUUCAGAAAACGAAGUAAAUACUUGUUUUGUAAAUAUACAGUACAGUGUUGGUUUCAGUGCGUGUGGGUAGGUUUCUUCUCUUCUGCCUAGCCACCGUGGAAGUGGGUUUCACCAUAUUGUGAUAUUUUGGGGACAUAAGUGUAUAAAAAAAAUUAAAGUUCAGUUUUGAUAUUCUUA